AGGAGGACUCAAGUGCCCUAGCUCUAAGGAGCAAAGACAGAAAGAAUCCUGGCCUAGCCAACAGCAGGGGAGGCCUCAGGAGCCACACAAAGGGCACAACACCGCAGGUCAUGGCUGAGAAGACCAAAGAGGAGACCCAGCUGUGGAACGGGACUGUACUCCAGGAUGCUUCAAGCCUCCAGGACAGCGUGUUCUCCUCUGAAAGUGACAACAGCCUCUACUUCACCUACAGUGGUCAGUCCAACACUCUGGAGGUCAGAGAUCUCACCUACCAGGUGGACAUGGCCUCUCAGGUGCCUUGGUUUGAGCAGCUGGCUCAGUUCAAGUUACCGUGGAGGUCUCGCGGCAGCCAGGACUCCUGGGAUCUGGGCAUCCGAAAUCUGAGCUUCAAAGUGAGGAGUGGACAGAUGCUGGCUAUCAUAGGGAGCGCAGGCUGCGGGAGAGCCACAUUACUCGACGUUAUCACAGGCAGAGACCAUGGUGGCAAGAUGAAAUCAGGACAAAUCUGGAUAAACGGGCAACCCAGCACGCCUCAGCUGAUACAGAAGUGUGUGGCACAUGUGCGCCAGCAAGACCAGCUGCUCCCCAAUCUGACUGUCAGAGAGACCCUGACUUUCAUCGCCCAGAUGCGCCUGCCCAAGACCUUCUCUCAGGCCCAGCGAGACAAACGGGUGGAAGACGUGAUUGCGGAGCUGCGGCUGCGGCAGUGCGCCAACACCCGCGUGGGCAACACAUACGUACGCGGGGUGUCCGGGGGCGAGCGCCGAAGAGUGAGCAUCGGGGUGCAGCUCCUGUGGAACCCAGGAAUCCUCAUCCUGGAUGAACCCACUUCCGGCCUCGACAGCUUCACCGCUCACAACCUGGUGAGAACUUUGUCCCGCCUGGCCAAAGGCAACAGGCUGGUGCUCAUCUCCCUCCACCAGCCUCGCUCUGACAUCUUCAGGCUAUUUGACCUGGUCCUUCUGAUGACGUCUGGCACCCCUAUCUACCUGGGGGUGGCACAGCACAUGGUGCAGUACUUUACAUCAAUUGGCUACCCUUGUCCUCGCUACAGCAACCCUGCUGACUUCUACGUGGACUUGACGAGCAUUGACAGGCGCAGCAAAGAACAGGAGGUGGCCACCAUGGAGAAGGCUCGAUUACUUGCAGCCUUGUUCCUAGAAAAAGUGCAAGGCUUUGACGACUUUCUGUGGAAAGCUGAGGCAAAGAGUCUCGACACAGGCACCUAUGCAGUCAGCCAGACCCUCACACAGGACACCAACUGUGGAACUGCUGCUGAGCUGCCCGGGAUGAUACAGCAGUUUACCACCCUGAUCCGUCGUCAGAUUUCCAAUGACUUCCGGGACUUGCCCACCCUGUUCAUCCAUGGAGCAGAAGCCUGCCUGAUGUCUCUCAUCAUUGGCUUCCUUUACUACGGCCACGCAGACAAGCCGCUCUCCUUCAUGGACAUGGCAGCCCUCCUGUUCAUGAUAGGAGCACUCAUUCCUUUUAAUGUCAUUCUGGAUGUCGUCUCCAAAUGUCACUCGGAGCGGUCGCUGCUGUACUAUGAACUGGAGGACGGACUGUACACUGCUGGUCCUUAUUUCUUUGCCAAGGUCCUCGGUGAGCUGCCAGAGCACUGUGCCUAUGUCAUCAUCUAUGGGAUGCCCAUCUACUGGCUGACCAACCUGCGGCCAGGGCCUGAGCUCUUCCUCCUGCACUUCAUGCUUCUGUGGCUGGUGGUGUUCUGCUGCAGGACCAUGGCCCUGGCCGCCUCUGCCAUGCUGCCCACCUUCCACAUGUCCUCCUUCUGCUGCAACGCUCUCUACAACUCCUUCUACCUUACGGCUGGCUUCAUGAUAAACUUGAACAACCUGUGGAUAGUACCUGCAUGGAUUUCCAAGAUGUCGUUCCUCCGGUGGUGCUUCUCAGGGCUGAUGCAGAUUCAGUUUAAUGGACACAUUUACACCACGCAGAUCGGCAACCUCACCUUCUCCGUCCCCGGAGACGCGAUGGUCACUGCCAUGGACCUGAACUCACAUCCUCUUUAUGCGAUCUACCUCAUCGUCAUUGGCAUCAGCUGUGGCUUCCUGUCCCUGUAUUAUCUGUCCUUGAAGUUCAUCAAACAGAAGUCAAUUCAAGAUUGGUGAUGUUCAGCCUUGCUUCCACUGGUGGGACCCUUCUGCCUGGGCUGGCCGCCUCCUGAGGAGCCCGACUGAGGACAAUGAUCCCACAGAUCUCAAGCAGCAUCGGCGUCUUGGUGCUGCAGUGGCACAGGUCAGCCACAGGAUGGCAGUAGAAUAAAGACAGUUGAGAGGUUUCUGCUCACAGGCCUGGGCUUGUGAAACAGGUACUUCGUGAACCUGUAACGUUGCUCAUUCAUUUUAUAUCUCUAUAUAAACAACCCAGUAUGGAAUGGGAACCAAUUAUUUAUGAAUUGAGUAGCUAGGCUAUGCAGAGACUUGUGGAACCCCGAGAGGAUAGUGGUCUGUAGCAAAACAUUUAGCUUUCUCCACCAAUCUCACCCUGUUAAGCCGCUCCCGAUACAGAGGGUGACCUAAAACUGACUAGAAAUGUCCUCUCUUAUCUCUGUGUGGCUCCAUGGACUUCCAGAGUCGGACAGCUGAGAGCUAAGAGUAUCUACUCCAUGGUGGGUGUGGUAUAAAGAGUAGUGUGUGGCUACUGUCGUUUCUUCAACCCACUGAUAGCGGGCACCCUGCCAUAUCGGUGCCACACCGUGGCAAAGACUAAUCCAGUUGUCUUAGCUUACAAGCUGCUUUGUGGUGGAAUCAAAAAGACCUCGAGGCCUCUGGGAGUUACAGAGCAAAAGAUCGGGCCUGAGAUGUUUCUAGAAACAGUUUGCCGUUUGUGUGAGCUCUGCGGCCUCAGAGUUGCACCCCCUAGCUGGGGCUCAGGAUGAGCUUUGAACCUUCCACAGUGGCUGGUGGAUGGGCUGCCGCACAUCCAGGUUGAAUGGUUCAUGCCUGUGUCGAGGACCCACUGACUCAAAGCACAGAGCUGGGAGGGGCUGGUUCCCAGAGGAAAACGAGUCUGGAACUGAAAGAAACAGCAGGGGUGGGGGUGUUUGAGGCUGGGAGUGAUGUUCUCCACUGGUUCCCCAGGUCCUGACUGCAUCCAGUGUAGUUCCUGGCAGCUUCAUGACAUCACUGGAUGCCGAUGAGGGAGGCAGAAUCCCAGGCCUGCCCAGACUCAGGGACUCAGUGUCCGAGUGUCCAGAUUACACUGGUGACUAGAGUGCAGGCCCCAGUGUGAGCAGCGGCUCCUUAGCACACUGUCCUUUCCCUGCUCCCUGGCCUCAGGAAGUCUACACAGCUCUGUUGCCACCAUCCAUUACACAGAUGUCACUCAAGAGCCACAGAAGCCUCAUCCAGAGCAGAGUCAAAAGUACCCUCCGAUUGUUUCUUUCGGUUUGGAAUAGUUAGCUCCUCAGAGCCCCCUGACUUUCUAAGGUAGCUUUCAGUUUGGAUUUAUCUGGUGCAUUUCUCAAUAGAAUCCAGACUGGGUCCCCUUUGCUCAGAAUAUCCAGAAAUGGAAUUGGUUUUUCCCUGAGUGCGUCCUGUCAGGUGGCCCAUGGUUUCCACUUGCUACACUAACGACUUUGACUGCCUGACAGAAAGCAGGUCUGCUGGGCCCCUCCACGUUCCUCUGUUCCCUCUUUUUAUAAUUAAUAAAGCUUUGGAUUCCUGGAGACCAUGCCUUGCUCAUUCCUUACCCACCCUCCAUACUCCCUGAGUUGGUGCUAUAUAUAAAUGACACACUUGUGGAAUCCCCUUUUAAUUUAGCAAGUUGCAAUCCGUUGCUCUCAUUAGUUUCGGUGCUUGAAUUGUUCCUGACUUAGCCAGUGGGAUACUCAAGUUGGCUUCUAUAUCUUCCUAGUCACGUUCCUGUCAUCACUGGGGACUCCGACAAAACAAAGUAUUUGGGAAUCAUCCCGAAUUUUCCCAGCUCAGCCCUGGGAUUGAAUGCGUCUCUGUAGAAUCUUUUUAGUGGGAAAAAGAUAGUUUGAAGCCCAGAUGUGACUGAGUCUGCUCUGCUGCUGUACAUUGCUGCUUCAGGACUCUCAGUGGGCAGUGAGUGACCACGUGUGCAUAUGUGCAUGUGUGUACUCAGUCCUAACUGCAUAUAUGCUCAUGUACACACUCUGUAGUUCACCCGGGUGACCACGUGUGCAUAUGUGCAUGUGUGUACUCAGUCCUAACUGCAUAUAUGCUCAUGUACACACUCUGUACAGGGCCUCCAGCCCAUCCCGUACUCCCUCCCCAGAUCCUGGCUCUAUUUUGGUAACCCACUAUCUUUAGGCCUGGAUGGAGAAGUGUGGAAGAGAAGGAAGGUUGGCAGCCAUCUGCCUUUGUAAAUUCGUCACUUGUGCUGUGGUACCGAAACCCAGGCAGUUGCUGGUUCUUCAGUUUGUCCCCAGAGCAGUUCUCCAUCACAUCAUCGCUGGUGUUGAUGCACCCUAGACUCUAACUCCAUGGGUUCGUUUGGUUGAAAAGUGUUCUUUAGAGCACACAAGGCCUGGGAAGAGUAAGACCCAACACUAGGGGCACCAAUACUAUCCAGUGCUCCUUAUUCUUCGCUGCAAAGGAGCAGAAUUUUCUUGUGGGUUGUAAAUUUUUGCUGUUAAGGAUAAAUAUUUUAGGCUGUCAUAGCCAUAGAACCUGUCAGUACGCUGUGCUGGUGUGAAAACUGCCCCAACCACAGUAGAAUGUGGAGGAUGUGGGUAUGCUUCAAUAAAACGACUUACAGAAGCAUUCAGCUCCUGGACUUGGCCUGAGGCUGCAGCUUGCAGACUCUUGAUCCAAAGAUGAAGGUUUUAAAAUGUGCACUGU